AUGACGUUCCUGGCGGCCUCACUUCCGCGACGACUCGCCGCAGCAUCAUCAUCAUUCCGCCGCGGCUACUACUACUACUACCGCGGAAUUGGAGGAGCCCCCCCCCGCGGAAUCAUCCGUUCCGCGCUCUGUGCUACCGUCGUGCUCCUUCUGUUCUCGCUGGCGCUCCGCGCCCGCCUCCCCCCCCGCCGCUUCCACGAUCCCCUCAACGCCGCCGCCGCGGCGACGACUUCGCCUUCGCUAUCAUCCCGCCGACCCGCGGCGGAUGCCGCCGCCGCUCUUUCCGCCGUGUUCUUGCGCGGCCUCCGCGCGCUGGCGACGUGGGAAGAGGAGGCGGCGGCGGCGGCGGCUGCGACGCUGCGCGGCGUUGAUGGCGUCGGGGCGGAGUCGCAAUGGCAGCCGCGCCGGCGGCAGGCCGCACAUGAGCAGGAGCGGCGGGCGCCAACGCAGCAACAGGGUGCCGCCGCCGCCGCAGGGAAGUCGCCGCGGAUAUUAACCCGCGUGGCCGCGUUUAACGCGGGUCCUGCCGCGGAGGCAUUUCACCAGGCGAUGUGGGUGGAUUUUUAUGGCAGAUUGACAGCGCCCCUGUUCCAAAUCGUGCCGGUUUCUGCGCCGGGAGAACCGGCAGGAAACCUGACGUGGGACAGCUUUUACCAAGAUGUUAAUCCGUACGAUCGUUACGGCUCCAGCCUCACUUGCCCUGCUGUCCCGCGUGCGGCGUGGGAGGAGGAAAACGGGAACCGUGAUGACGUGGCAUACGUGGCUGACGUGGCGGAUGAGGUGGAUGCGGUGGUUGCGGUGGUGCCAUGCCGCCCAGCGAACGGCUCGUUGGCGAGGGACGUGCGAUGGCAGCAGCUGAUGCUGUCGCUCGCACGAUUCGUCAGUAAGUCCCCCCGCCCCUGGAUUCCCCUCGUGAUUGUCUCCCCCUGCCGCCCGCCUCUGAACCUCUUCCACUGCCGCUUCCUCGUGGAUGCACAGCCGUGUCUCAAAAAGGUCUUGCGCCCGGCGCAAGCUUUUGAGUCGACUCAAAAGUCACCUCAGCGCAACCCAACGCGGGCGCCUCAGGUGUGGUGCUCCUGCAACGACCCUCCCCUCUCACCCCUCUCACACCCCUCUCACCCCUCUCACACCCCUCUCACACCGCUCUCUCACCCCUCUCACACCCCUCUCACCCCUCUCACACCCCUCUCACACCCCUCUCACACCGCUCUCACCCCAAGCCUUUCUUUCUCUCCCUUCCCACUCACUCUUCCCAUUCCGCCCCUUCCCCUCGCCCCUCCCCUGCUCCCCCCUUCCCCCGCCCUCCCUGCCUCCCCUGCAGCGCGUCCCCCCUCCGCCCCACCACCCCGCUUCGCCUUUGCCACGGUGCUACACAGCAAGGAGGAGUACGUGUGUGGCGCAGUCGUCCUCCUCGCCCACGCCCUCGUCCCUUUCUCAACCCUCCAAAUGCCUUCCCCCUUUCCUGCCCUUUUUCCCUCUGCGCUUCCUCUCCGCUCUUCCCCUGCAGCGCGUCCCCCCGCCGCCCCACCACCCCGCUUCGCCUUUGCCACGGUGCUACACAGCAAGGAGGAGUACGUGUGUGGCGCAGUCCGACCAGGGAGCCAUAAUGAGUGGAACUUGAGCAAGCUGCGCCUGUGGCAGUUGACAGAGUACGAGCGAAUCGUCUAUCUAGACACGGACGUGCUGCCCCUGCGCCCGCUCACACACCUCUUCCUCUUCCCCGAGCUCUCUGCUGCCCCCAACGACGACAACCACUUCAACUCCGGGCUGCUGGUUCUCGAGCCGGCACACUGCACCGCCUCAAAAGCCGCCUACAGCUAUGAGGACCAGGGUUACAUCAACAACGUCUUCCCCUGGUGGCACCGCCUCCCAGACCACACUACCGUUCUCAAACACAAGCCACCGCACACCACCUGUGGCACAGGCAAAAGACCUUACGCUGCCUAUAACGAGGCAGUGGCUACGCAGAAUGCCUUGUUCUCCUCUGAUCCUCCCCAGCUGCACGCCAUUCACUUUCUCGGCCGAAAACCCUGGGUAUGCUUCCGCGAUUUCGAUUGUAACCUGUCGGCGUCGCUUCACGACCUUAAGUUUGUUAACGAAGCCGCUUUUAAGCGGUGGUGGGCGGUGCACGACGGUUUGGAGGAGCGGCUGAAGCCCUGGUGUUGGUUGAGUGAGGAGCAGAAGGGGGUGAUUUGGCGGGGGAUGAGGAAGAGGAAGCAAGACGGGGUUGGACCAGAGAGGUGGAAUUUCACUGUGAAAGACCCGAGGAAAGACUUGAUGCGGCCGUGGGGGGUGGGAGAAGGUUGGAAGUCCCAGGUCCCCUCCCCCUGCUCUCCCCUACUCUGCCCUUCCCUCCCCUCCCCUUCUCUCCCCCUCCUCUGCCCUUUCCUCCCUUUCCUUCUUCUCCAGCCCCCUCUACUCACCAAUGUGGUAGUACACACCCCUAAGGUUGCGACUUUUGAGACGUCUCAAAAGCCUUCCCCCUCCUCCUUUCCUUAUUUUCCACCCCCCUUACUCGCCAAUGUGGUAGUACACACCCCUCAGGUUAGAGGCCCCAAGUCCCCUCCCUUUCCUCUCCCCUCCCUCUCCCCUUCCUCACCCCUUCCUCUCCCCUUCCUCUGCCCUUCUUCUGCCCUUUCCUUCCCCCUCCCUCUUACCUUUCCCUCCCUCUACUCCGCAGUGUGGUAG